AUCUAGGUGCGGUCUUGACUGGCGAGUUGAGGUGCUUGGGCAGUAUAGCACUAUGCACAUUGCUGUUUAAAAUGGCGUCGAGCUCGGAGCUGCUGGAAUAUUCGUCCCCGGCGAAGCGUCGAAAGGUCGAGGGCGUCGUCGAUCAAGGAAGUGCCAUCACAGCAUUAGCGGACUCGCGGCCCGACAAGACGACCCACGACAGCUCGCACGACGAUCCCGAAGAAACACUUGGCACCGACAGCGGAUUUAACGAUCUGAGUGACGAGUCCAAGUCAGCCUCCAUUUCUCCGGCAGCUACAAAUCUGAUAUCACCAUCAUCCAGAGUUGAUUCCACAAGUAACGAUACCGAGUGUCCUUUCAGGGUUGACACUGCAGACGAAAAGGACGAAGUAUCAUCCACAGUGUCCAAUUUGUCAGACUUAUCAGGCUUAUCCGAACUAUCCGGAGAAGCAGAUGCCAGUCCUCCUUGGAGAAACGCUUCUUCCUGGAUUCAGAAACAGAUGUUGACAGGCGUGGAUCCCCGAAAUCUUCUGCACCAUCUCCUCACGGAUUCCACACAAAUACCUGAACAGGUUGAUGACUUUACACUAUGGAAAAUCAUAAUCAACAUGAUGUCGGAACCGCCGAGACGGCACAAGCUCAGACACAUAAACACCUUGUCAGACGUCGUGCGAUUAAUUCGCUGCAGCAAGAAGAUCAUAGUACUGACCGGCGCGGGUGUGAGUGUCAGUUGUGGUAUUCCCGACUUUAGAAGUAGGGACGGUAUUUACUCACGACUGGCCCAAGACUUUCCAGAUUUGCCGGACCCGCAGGCUAUGUUCGAUAUCAAUUACUUUAGUCAGGAUCCCAGACCGUUCUACAAAUUUGCGCGCGAAAUAUAUCCCGGACAAUUUAAACCCAGUCCUUGCCACAGAUUCAUCAAAAUGUUAGACAAGCAGAAAAAGCUUCUGAGAAAUUAUUCGCAAAAUAUCGAUACGCUGGAGCAAGUUGCCGGUAUCGAAAAUGUAAUCGAAUGCCAUGGUUCUUUCGCCACCGCGUCGUGCACAAGAUGUAAAUACCAAGUCAGGGCGGACGACAUCAGGGAGGACAUUUUUGCCCAGAGGAUACCCACGUGUCCGAAGUGCCGCGUCAACGCGCUCCCCUCGCUCUCCGACUGCAGCGAAAACUACAGAGAUCUGGUGUCUCAAGGUAUAAUGAAACCGGAUAUCGUGUUCUUCGGCGAAGGACUUCCGGACGCUUUUCACGACGCGAUGGCCAAAGAUAAGGACGAUUGCGAUCUUCUGAUCGUUAUCGGGUCGUCCCUAAAGGUUCGACCGGUAGCCUUAAUUCCCUCAUCCAUUCCGUCGAACGUACCGCAAAUUCUUAUUAAUCGAGAACCAUUGCCGCAUCUCAAGUUUGACGUUGAACUAUUGGGCGAUGGUGACAUAAUUAUAAAUCAGAUAUGUCAUUUAAUGGGUGACACUUACAAAGAGGUUUGCUGGCACGAAAAAGUACUGAAAGAAGCACCGCAACUUUUACCAUAUCAGUGUCUGUCCGACGACACGUGGGAGCAGAGUCAGGACACAACAACCAACACCGAAAUGUCGCGCGACAGCGUAGAAGUCGAUUUAAAACCGCACGCUGUAUCGUCGACCGAGAGUCAAGACAGUCUGCUGAUCACCACGAGUGCGCUUCCGCAGCACACCGAGGACUUGAAUGUCUGUGUGUCGCCAUUCUACACAGGUCACGUGGAAAAUGUAGAGGAGAGUUUCAAUCUGUUGGGAGAGAGUCCAAAGAGGCGAUCGGGUGACACCAGUAUAGAAAACAGUCCAAAGAGGAUGAACUUCGGUUCGAACGACGCGGAAAUCACCAGUUCCACGACGCUCGCGAAAACGAACGUCGAUUGCUCGAUGAUGUUGCCGGAAAGCAACAUCCUCGCUGCCGAAAUAAAAAACAAUUUGGAGGAUUGUCAAGUGGUGCCGUCGGUGAUAACGUCUCUCACUUCCGAAGCUGUUGUGAGCGAGAGCGUGUUCGAAUUGCCUAAGUCGCUGGACAACUGCGACAAAUCGAGCAAGUUCGACGAUAUCGCGUUAGCGGAUCCCGCGGUCGAGACGGACAAAACAACGCAGAAACCGAGACAAGCGUCGGUUGAUUCCGUGUUGGAUUCCGGCAUAGGUGACAGUUGCAACAGCAUCGAUAGCACAGAGGAGAAAUUCGCUGAGCUGAAGAACGGAAGACUGGAGAGGCAUUGUUGGCAACCAAAGAUUCGAGAAAGCCUCGCCGCUAGACUACCAGAAAACUCUUAUUACCAACUGGCCCCGGGCAGAUACAUUUUUCCCGGCGCGGAAGUUUAUGCCGAGCCUGAGGACUUUGAUCGAUAUUCCCUGUCGGCGAACUCCGAGAGCACAGACAGCGAUAGCGACUCUUCCUCGGGCGAAGAGGAAGAGGAUGAAGAGGAAGAGACAGGCGCGGACGAUGAUCUCUCAGAGAACGCGGACGCCGAUGCGGACACGGACGGGCAAAACGCCGACGCCAAAUGGGCGAGUAACUCUUACGGCGCGCAGCAUUGAAGCUGUUGCUUGCUCGCAACACGGUUAGUUUCGAGUUUGUCAUUACUUCAUUGACAUUCAUUCGAGUUUGUGAGGAUCUCAGGCGCGGAACGAUGACUGGCUCGAUUGUCAAGGGCGAAUGUCAUUGAAUGUUGCGUGCAUAAACGGAGUACAAUGAAAAUCUGUUAGGGAUAUUGACAACGUUGUCUGAUAAAGAAUUGUAAAACAAACACGCGUUAAGUAUUGGCGUAUCCUACAUAGAUGUGACGUUUUUUUAGGAUCGUUGAAAACACCGCACAACUGUGAGAAAUAGAUAGUCAAUUUGCUUUCUGUUGCUGCUCGCAGUUGUCGGAAAAUUACAGCUGUAGUUCUUUUAAAAAAUUCUUUUUAGAAAAAAAAAAAAACGUUUUAAGACAUUCUCUUAUCCAAAAAAUUAGAAGGUAUACACAAAUUAUAUAGUAGCGUUAACUCUUUUUAUGUCCGUUUGCGCACGGCCGAAAGUUGUUAGAAUUUUUUUUCAUUCUAAAGAACUUAGAAAAUUUGACGCGGUAUGAAAGGGUGCGAUGAAGUUACGUUGAAUUGUGUGUGUGUGUGUACAAAUGCUUGAAAAUAAGAUUUUUUUUUUCCACGGACUGCAUGUCGAGCAAACUUUAAAAGAGACUUUAGUACGUAAAUAAGACAUCGUUCGCAAUUACACAAGAAUUCAAAUUCGUAGGAUUAUGAGCUGCACACAGUGGUUAGAUGUGUGUAUAUAGAUAUAUUUAAUCCAAAGUUGAAGUAUUUUUCUCAAGACAUUUUCCCCCUCCUCUCCUCCCCCAAGAAGCACGAAGCGUAACUGGGAGAGCUAACCGAGACACAGAAUUGUGCUUUUUUUUUUUUUUUUUUCCACCGAUUCUUACCGUAUUCCGUAUUGGAUUUGCGGUAUUCACGAUCAAUGUAUAUAAGAAGUAUCAUUAAUCCUCGCCACGUACAGAAAAACUACAUGUGUGUACGACGAACAAACUGUUCAUUCAGUUUUAACGGUACAACUGUCGAUUCUUCGCGAUUCUUGUCCGCAUGUAAAGUGCUUACGUACGGGAAACGACGUCGGGAUUGCUUUCAGCUUACCGCACUAAUCUGAUAUGAAUUACUACUGUUUUAUGAACAAUCUAUUUAACCUACUUCUAUUUAAUCUACCUACUUCUCGCACUGUAAAUAGAUACCGAUGUUUUUUCCAAACAAGUUUCCUUGUCUCCGCGAAGAGAGCGACACGCAACAUUGAAGGAGGAGGAGGAGGAGGAGGAGGUUAUACUUUUGCCCUACUUUUAGAUGUGUAAAUAUGAGAUUAUUAUAAUCACGUAAAUGUGUUACUGUGUCACACAGUUGAUUAAAAAAAAAAAAAAAAAAAGAAAAAAAAAACUUGUGGAUUGUUGCGUUUAAUGUGAAGUAAUAAGACAACGGUGUUUCUCUCCAAGCUGAUAAAAGGUCUGCUCGUUUUAGCAUAUCUCCUAUAUAUAAGAUGAAACAAGUAAAUUGUGCUCACACUCCGAAACAGAAGAAGAGAAUAUAAACGCGCGAGAGAUUCAGAGAUUUUAGAGAACGUAGGCAGGUAAAAAGUGCAGCAAAAAUUUAACGGAUCUAAUUUGAUGCAUUCUAUGAAGAUAAAAAAAAAAAAAAAACAUCAUGGUAUUUUAAUAUAUCAGAAGAAAAAAAUAUUAAGACAAAAGUGCGCGCACGUAUGUGUAUUUGUGUGUGUAUGUGUGUAUGUGUAAUUAAGAUGAAAACGCGCGUGAGAGAACAGCCGCGAGGAAUGUCUUCGGUGAAGCUGUGAAUUGCAGAUUAAAUCGAAGAAGAGGCGUUUUUUUUUGCAAGGUUCUCUUUAUUUUACAAUAUCGAUCGGACAGAAAGAGAGAGAGAGAGAGAGAGAGCGAAAGAGAGAAUAAAUAAAUAUAGCGGUGGAAAGAACGUUUCUUUUUUUUUUUUUUUUUUUACGAUAAAAGAACGACUAAGAGACUAAUUUAAAAGCAAGAAUAUUAAUUAUAUUUUAUUCCUGUAUUGUAUCAUUGCGUCGAUGUUUCCGUUGUUCCAAGGAAUUAGAAUUGUUAGUGUGUUGCGUUCACAGAAUCCUCGUUCUUGCAAUUUUAAUGCGAACCGAGGAAAAGAACGAUAGCAAAUUUAUGUCGUAGGUUUAUUUAGGAGGUGAGAGAUUUUUUUCCACUUUUUUUUCGCACGUGGUUGUUUUAUUGCAGGAUAGAUUUACGAAACCACGUCGCAUAUAAAUGCAAUCGAUUUAUAUUGUAUUUUUUUUAAUAAUAUCGGAGAUUAGCCUUUACGUCGAUAACCGGCAGUUGCAUUCGCGGUUUCUGUGCCGUACAUGUUUAUUGCAUUAAUUAAUUAAGUUUCUGCGAAAGAAAGAAAUAGAGAUAUAAUUAUCACACAUAGUUUGGCAAAAAACAAAUCACAGAACAAAAACAAUGAACUUUUUUUUUUUUAUAGAUUCAACGUUAAGUUCGACUUUGUUUCAUUGGAGCACGGGCGAAUGUACAAAGCAAUGUUGGAUAAGCUUCGCAUUGCGUGUUAUUUUUAUAUGAGCCAGAGAAAAAGAAUAGAAUAGAAUCGAAUUUACAAGAUUUAAAAACAAAAUGACGCAAUAAUCUUUGACAAACCGGAUCGCGCAGCGCCGCAUUGUAGGAUGCGAUGACUAAUAAAUUGGGGAUGCGAGGCGACGCGAGAAAUUCGCGGGGAUGAGUUCGCUAAUAGAUUUUAUAUUGUGCACAUUAAUUAAAAAAAAAAAAAAAAAAAAAAAAAAAACACACAAAGACAGAAAAAAGAGAAGCGGUCUUGUCAAAGUUUAUUAUUGCAAACUACGUAUAUGUGUAAGAAAAAAUGGUUGUGUGCAAGUUUAUAUUAUAUAUGUAUACAUAUGUAUAUGUAUAAUUUAAAAUGGACGUAAACUUACUUUGAUUCAAUGCUGUUCGGGCAUUGUGUGAGUAAUGUUUGAAAUUGCAAAUAAGAAGAUAAGUGAAAAUGUAUGUAUAUACGCGUGCGUAGAUGUGUGUAUGUGGAUGCACGAGCGAAAAAGAACGAGUGAGAGAGAUAAACAAAUGACAGAUUAAACACAUAAGCGUAUGUAAUACAUUUGUAAUCACGUGGCGCAUUAGAUUUUAAUUUUUCUCGUUGUUUUCUACUAGGUGUGAGAUAUUUUAUAUGAAAGAUUUAUGUUUAUUUUGUUGUGUGUUGGAUGCAUUUCUGUAUUACGAUAAUGAUUCGUAGAAAGACUUAGCUGCCACCGUAAAGUACUAGAUUAUUAUUUUUUUUUGGUUCCUCGCGACACACAAGAGAUAUAUAUUUUUUUUUUUUUUUUUUUUUUUUUUAUUGUAAUUAGACCACGCGAGAAUUAUCUUUCGCUUUGUAUAAACAGCUUUAUUUAUCAUCGCUGCUAAACGAUACGAGCGGAAGGAAGAUCAUUUAUUGUCUCUUUUUAUUUAUUUAAUACAUAUGUGUAUGUACAUUUGUGUAUUUUUACGAGUGUGUUGUAAUACAUACGCGCGUGAGCCUGUGUGCGAGCCGGUGUGGUUUCCAAAUCUGUGUCACUCGUGCGUAAUUCUGAUAAAUAUCGUUUGGAAACCCGCGCGAAACUCUCUGUGAUCGACUAGAUUACACACAUGAUAUUGCGUUUUUUUUUUAUGUCCGAGUAUAGGAGUUUCAUCAAUUAAUUAUUGUGACGCGUACCCGCAAUAUAUAAUCGCCGCAUAGAUUCGUAUAAAUAAAUUUAGUUUUUUGGAGAUUUGUAUUUUUUACUUAAUUAUUUUUUUACUUACGCGCUCGCUACUUAAAUGAAAAAAAAAAAAAAAAAAAUUCAAGUCCGACGAUCGCGGGACUUGUGUCAUCAAUUGAUCAUUGUGUCAUCAAGCACGUCUAAAUCUCUCUAUCUGUAUAUUUAUUUUGUACGUGUAAAUUUUGUGAUGUACGUAUGUAUGUGCGCGGGUCCUUUCUCAAUCUUCUCUCGCGAUUACGUUCCCUUCGAAGGAACUGUAGCAGUUGUUUCGAGUAAAAAAAAAAGUUGUUUCCUUGCCUCCGCGAGAUUUUGUUACGGGAGGUAAUCGAUACGGAAGAUUAAAUUUGCAGGACGCUCUGCGCACAUACGUAUGUACGCGUAUUAUUAUUAUUAUAAAUAAAAUAUUUGUAGUCGAUUCAGAGAGAGAGAGAGAGAGAGAAAAAGAGGGAUAUAAAGAGAGAACGAGAGUGAGAGUGAAUGAGAGGAGAGAGAGAGAGAGAGUUGUCAACUCUUGAAGGUUUGACAAUCAAUACCAACUUUCUUGUGCAGUACUGAGAAAAAAAAACCUGUAUAAAAUAAAUACACUGUCACAUGUAAAUAAUUUAUUAUUUUUACUGUAUUUCGCGAAUUUUGUCGCAUCAACGGAAAUAUCGGGCGAUGAAUGAGGGGCGCACGAGGCUGUUCCUUUGCAUUUUUCCGAGAUCUAUACAUCAGCCGUCGCAAUACAAAUCAAUCUGAUUUUCAAGCUGAUGCGACGAAAUACACGAACCUCUGAAUUUUUUAUAAUUUGUUAUUUAAUGUAAUGAUGUUAUAAAAAAUGUUCUUUAUCAACA